AUGCGCCUAUUUAUCAUUUUCGCUUUGUCCCUUGGACUAUUCGCCUGCACCGAAAAAACGCAGGAAGAUAAAAUCACUUCUCCGCAUUCAUAUCCGGAAUUAAAAGAAGGCAAUCUAAACGUUGCCAUCCUGAUUAUGGAAGGCACCUACAAUACGGAGUUAACUGCUCCAAUGGACAUCUUUCAUCACACGAUUUUCAGAAAGAACAUCCAAGCGAUGAAUGUCUUUACAGUCGCCAAUACACUCAAUCCCAUUAAAACAUUCGAAGGACUUUCCGUUCUACCGGAUUUCAAUUACCUCGAUUCAGUUCCAGCUAUUGAUAUACUCGUUAUUCCAGCGGCUGAACACCACCUGGAUUCCGAUUUAGAGAACAAGGAAUUGAUUCAAUUUAUUCAGGACGUUGCUCCGAAUGCAAAAUACGUUACCUCUCAUUGUGAUGGCGCUUUUCUAUUGGCAAAAACGGGAUUACUAGACGAUAAAGUCUCUACAACAUUCCCCGGAGAUGUGGACGAGUACAAAGAAAUGUAUCCGCACUUGAAGGUCAUGGACAGCGUUUUAUUCGUACAUGAUGGAAAAUACAUUACAUCAGCAGGAGGAGCAAAAUCAUUCGAAGCUUCACUUUACCUUUGUGAAUUGCUGUACGGCAAAAAAGUAGCCGACGAACUCGCCCAGGGAAUGGUCAUCGACUGGAACCUUGAGGACAUCGAUUAUUACACAACCAACCACUAA